AUGACCACAAAUACGCACACAAUCGACGGUCUGAAAAAUAAUGUCGAAGGAUUGGUUAUCAAAUUACAAACAGAUGCUAAGAAUGAGUUUGAGCAACAAACAGAAAAGGUCCAGAGCGAGAUCGAAAAUCUGGAUGAAGAUGACAUAGAACAGUUCGUGAGUGAUAAAUUCAAUAAACUCAACACGUUAUUUCUAAAAAAAUCAAAGAAGGUAGAGAAAUUUGUCCUCAGCAAGAGGCCCAAGAAACCAGUGAGGACAGCUGAAGAAACAGAUGAAGAAUAUAAUCAAAAAUAUAAAGUAUAUGAAGAAAGUCUUGGACUAUACAAAAGUUUUGUUUCCUGGAGUAUGAGUAUGGUAGAACGACUUAUGCAUUGGUUGUCCGAAUUAUUCGACGACAUUAUCAGUUUUUUUAAGAACUUGUGGACCUGGAUCAAAUCAAAGAUCCGUGAUAUUUCUACAAACGUUCGGGAGUUUGUAGCAAAAAUUGCUGAAAAAUUUAGCCGAUUACACGACUAUCUCUUUGGCGAGAACAAUUCAUAA